CAAGAACACCCAGACGACAACGUGCUAAGAUAUGUAACUCUCCGAGUUGAUUGUCUCCCUUGCCUAGGCCAUGGAAACCUUCCGACAUUGUUGACAUUUAGACAAGCUAUGCCUUGAGCCUAAACUUAUGAUGGAGAAUUCUGGAGCUAAGCCUAAAACAGUGCUUGGGGCAGGGGCAGGGGCAGGUAAUGGUCGGCACACUCAGCCCAGCCAUGGUUCAGCGGCCCUUGGUCAGGUUUCAGGCUUGUCACAGCAGACCUCUGAUAAUGGUCUCAUGCCUCCUGCUGAUGGUCCUGUAGGUCAGCAAAAGGAGACACCAAAUGGAUAUGGACCGAGUGGAACCUCAGCCUUACUACCAUCUCCCAGAAUGCCUGAAAGAAAUAGGAGUAAUAACAACAGGAACAGUUCUCACGGUGGUAGUGGCGAUGGUACCAGCUUGACACGAAGAGGAAGCAUGCCAAACUCUGUUGCAAGAAGUAGGCUUCCACCUAUAGACCACAGAACAGGGCCUCUACAUUUUGAGGCACGGCGCUUUACACCCAGUUCCCAUUUGAAUGAGCCCAAUACACAAAGGCCUUCAAGGAGAGAAAAUGGUGAUCGACAGAUGAAUCGCCACACCCAGCUGUUUGGCCGACCCAUGCUUCGCCAUCGAAGUUUGUCUUCACAAAAUCCAACAUAUUUGCAGAGAGAUAAUGCUGCUGUGGCCCAUGCUGCUGCAUUCUCAGGCAGCAAUGGUCAUUCAAGAACUGAUCCACCUUUAGUGGACUCCACCGACACAAGUAAUGCAACUUCAGCUGUCCCCACUUUCAGGACCAGUAUACAACAGAUUGGAAUAGACAACUCUCUGUCCUCAGAAGAUGAUGAGCCAUCCUCCAAUGACCAGCUGAAUCGCCCAGCAAGUGCUGCUAGCGAUGCAGGAUUCGCCAGGCAACUACUGCAGGAAGAAAUGGAUGCCAUUUUGCGAGCUGAUGAGGAACUGGCAAGAGAGCUGCAUGAUGAUCUGAACUUCAUGUCUCAGCCAUGGUUUAACCAAUACCCUAUUGUUGACCGGGAUCACGGGGCUUUGCUUGAGUCUCCUCCUCACUUGGAUUCACCCACAUCGCCUGUACAAAGCCAUGGAAGGCGGGUUUUGCCUCAUAUUCCAGCAGAACCCCGCAGACGAGGGCCACGGGGAUUGCGGUCAUCUUCAAGAACACAGGAAAGUUCAGGAGCAGAGGGUUCACCAAGAAUGGGUGCAGGCACUCGAAGCUUCCCAUUUCUCUGGGCCUUUAGACCAAGAGGACGUAGAAACCCAGAGCCUGCAACUUCAGGUUCACCUGAGGGGGAAGCAGAACCAAUUGAAGGAUUGCCACCUGACUCGGAGGCCGAUGCUUUUUUCGAUUACAUGCGAGACCCUUCACUUAUGCUGCUGAUGCUGAUGCUGAGGUCACAUGAAACCUAUGAGGGAGGAGUUGACCUGAAUGAUUAUGAGGGUUUGUGGGAUUUAGCCGAGCAGCUAGGUGAAGUGAAGAAACGUGGCCUGACAGAGGAAAAUCUCAAACACAUCCCCACACGGAAGUUCAAAGAGACAGUUGGCAAGAAUGGAGAAGCAGGCGCCACAGCACAAAAUUUUGUCGCAGAGCAGUGCCAGAUAUGUCUGGUAGACUUUGAAGAAGGCGACAGCUUGCGCCAUAUCCCUUGCCAGCAUGAUUUCCACAAAGACUGUAUCGACGAGUGGUUGAAGAGAAAUGCCACUUGCCCAAUCUGUAGAUUUGAAAUCAAGGCUACAAGCUCUUAGUUCAGAGAAAGUUCACCUGUCUUGGCCAACCAUCUCGCUCUGCAUUUUCAGCAGGAGAACUGUGAUCAAGUGGCAUCCUGUCUUUCAUGUUGUUCUCUCACAUGAGAGACUGCCAUGUAGUUCACAUUCAUGAACGUUUUCUUCACUUUUGGCUGGAAUAUCUUGCAUAGUUUGAUUUUUCUGGACCUGUGAUAGAUGCCACUUUUGACUGUCUAUAUAGGCUUGUUAAAGUUAUAGAGUGACUUUUUUUAAUUACAGAGAUGCUGUUCUUUCUUUCCUUCUCAGUAAUUAAAAUUGAUUUUUAUGAUCAUUUUAUGUUCAGUUUGUAAUUUCUUCUUAUUAAUUUAACUCCAUUUAUUCAAAAAUAUUGAUUACCAUAGUAUUUUCCCAAUUUGCAUGUGAAUGUAUGCUGGCAGAGUGUUUUGGAAUUCUUGUGGACAGGUCCAUUUAAUUUCUUAAGACGUAUUUUUUAAAGUACUGAGAGACAUGAACAACUACUACUGUUUACUUAUGGCUGACAUCAGUGUAAAUUCCUCAUGAAAUCUCACAAUUUUUGACUGUGCUUCACUUUUAACAUUCUGAACAAUCUACUGAGUGAACUACAUGUGUAGUAGAAUAAUAAAUAAUAAUAUAGCUUAUUUAUGAUAAAAAAUUCCAUUUAGAACUCCCACUUUGUAAUAGUUUUACAGUGCCCCAGAUCAAUUUUUAUACACAAUUUUUUUUUAUUUAUAAUUUUCAUUUACUUGAUGAUCUAAGUUUUUCUUUUUAUAAAUAUUUAUCAAUAUAUUUCACCCAGCUGACAGAUGUUGAUCAAGAAAAUAGUCCUUUCACAGGUGUAUAGGGAACUAAUUCUGUGAUUUUAUGUUUUUGAAUACUUCUUUGACCCUUGUAAAAUAAGAAAUAGAUUCAAUCUAAUGAGGUGACAGAAAGAGUGAAAAAUAAGGUCAUGCUGAAAUUCACUUGAGUUUAUUACUUUACUCAAGAGACAUUACGAAAGUCAUACAGAAAAAAUUGUAAGAAAGAGUUGCAGAAAUACAGAAAGGGUAAUAUAUUUGUAAUUUUAUUAGAAGUCAACUUUAUUUCAUGUGUAAUCAUAACUGUUAGACUGUUUUAUUUGAAAACAGUUUGUUUUUUCAGUUUCUCAUCUUUAUGAUUCGGGUGAACUGAGAGGUGCUCGACUAAUGUUUAUUAGUAAAGCUCUGGCUUCUGUACCAUAAGAGUAAGCCAUAAUUUGUGGGCAUAUGGCUUUGUGGGUGCUCUGCUUUGAAAUGUACAUACAUAACUCUCCUUCCCUGUCACUGAUUCCAGGCUGAAUGUAAGCAAGCGUGGGGCUGUUUUGUUUUCGUUCAACGGGUUGGUAUUCCUUGGAGCUUGGGUUUUGCUUCUGUACAAGUUGUUAUUCCUUUCUGAUCCUACUGUGAUUGCUCCCUUGACUGCACAUACAGCCAUACUACAUACACAUGCAUGUACAAGAUGCACCAAAUCUUUAAGUACCUGACAUCAACAUUUACAAUGAUGCUGUAUUUAAUGAGUGUACUCUGAAUUAUGAUGUCUGCUGCUUUCCAGUGCCAAGUGCUUAACACAAACAUUUUUGGGGUAAAUAAGACUUUCAGUUUUGUCUGCAUUAAGUCAUAUCAUACACGUAAAAGCAAGAGAGAGAGGGAGAGUGUGCUAGUGCAUGGUUCCACUAAUGUAUAUUAUGCAUGUUUGUUACCUUUUUUUUUUUUUAAUAAUUUUGUGGCUGUCUAACUGUGCAUAUAGUCAUUUACUUAUGCCAAGACAAUUUUUAAGGUAUCAAGAUAUGGAAGAUUUUAGAUGAACCUGAAAUUACUUCAGUUUACAGAAUAAAAUGUUUGAUUCAGUGUGUUUAAAAGACCAGUCUCUAAAGACAGGUCCCAACAAAAUUUGCAUGGUCCCAUUAUUCUUCUACUAUCCCCAUUAUUUAACUUUUUAAAAAUUCAGACUUUGUUGAUAGACCAGUUUGCAGUGAUGUAAAAUGAAUAGUUAAGAGCGAGGUGCUUUUUGCUAUAGUUUUAUUAAUGAAACAUUAGAUGAAAGCAGAUAUAUUGUGCCCAAAGAAUUUAGUUUUUUUGUUGGAUGGUGUCCAUUGUCUCUGUAAUACACUUCCUUAAGUUUGCAUAGUUGCAACUUUUAACUUUUUUUUUUCAGAACUUAAGAAUUUUAUAACCAUCUGCUGACUUUUCUGCAUAUUGUACUUUCCAACUGAAUAAUGUGAUGUUGAUUUAUCUGUCUUCAUAACACCAGAGACACUAAAGCUAAUUUAACAUUAUAAAUGGAAUCAGGAUUUUACAAAAGAAUUAAUCAUUAAACUUCUAGAAAAAAAAAGGUAAAUCUUGUCAGUGGUUAAGCAGUGUGUGUGUGUGUGAACAGUACAGUGAACUGCCAUGUGCCAUGCUGCCAUCAUAUUUUUGAGACUUCAGUGGAAAAUAAUUAAUAAAGUGUUGUGUACAUUAUCUUUGCAACAUCACUUGCCACAUUGACUACAUUGCAUAUUUUUGUGAGCAGUAGAUGCAAAUAAUCUAUUUCAGACAUGGCUCAGGCAUGAACUGGGGCCACUGCUGGUGGAGAUGAUGGAAAACUCUUGCUCUGUGUUACAAUCUCAAAAACUCAUGCAACAUAUCCCAAGAGCAGUACUUUGAAAAAAAAAAAUUGCAAGGUUUGGCAGACAAACCCCCUCCCCUCAAAAAAUCCCACCAGUUCUAGCAACAACCAGCUGGCACUUUCUUAUAUUAUGAAAGAGAUGGUUCACUCAUCGGACAGGUUGAAUGUAAAAUCUGAAAAGAAAGGCCGUAUAGAUAGAAUGUGUUGCAAAAGGGGAGUGCUGCAGGCUGGAAACUUUCCAAAUCUGUGGCCCUAGGGGGGAAAAAACCUCUUCAAAAAAACAACAAAAUGGGCCACACCUGUUAAAGAUGCUUGAUGCAUAUAUCAUUCUGUAUUGUCGUUACCUCUUGAUGUCAUUGGUUUGAUGAUGUGCAGAUGUAUGUGUUUGUCAGGUGCAACCGACGUUUUUAUCUUUAGCCCUUUAAGGAAAGUUAUUUACAUUAUUUCCUAACUUGUCCGACAGUUGAGCCUGUCCACAAUCGUUAAGGAAUUUUAUGUUGAAUACAGUGUGGUCUCCCUUUUAGAUAAGUAGGUCUUGGUCUAUGUUAAACGGCCGUAGAACGACCUGCCAUUCCCAUUCCCACGACUCUAGUCUCUUGUGUUGUUUGUAAUGCGUGGAGUGGCUAGGAUACCGCUCUAUAAAAGCUUACAUAAUUAUGCAUAACUGAGAACCCACACUUCAUUUUCUCAUACUUAGUAUUUUCUGAAGCUGCCAUGUGAUUCCUCAAACUUACCUUUUCCACCUGUACUGCCAGACCAUUUCUUACCAAGCUUCUCGGACAUGGUUUAUGUGCAGGCUUUAGGUCUUGUUUUUGUCUUUCAGUGUGUUCCUCGCCGUUUGUUUGCCGACAUAUAUUGGAUUUCGUCCGUAUGCGUUAUGUACAUGUUGUAUCUCUCUUGCUUUAUUAGUCUUUCUCUUGUAAAGCGCAUUGAGCUUUCUGCUUAGCUAGGGGUGGGCAAACCCGGAUGAGACAACAAGCCUCGUGAUAAUGGAAUGGACAACAAAUGAGCACAUUAUAGUUUUUACUUACCGAAUUUAUUGUUUAAAGUGAAGCUGCUUGAAUUGGCUCGCAAUAAAACUUUAAAACCAUCUUUCCUUUGAAGGCAGCCGCCCCUGCUGCUCUCUAACGACUCAUUAUAUGUCAGCCGUAUUAUUUGUUCUCUUUGUACUUCGUGUUAGAAUGUUAUGGACUGCCCGUUUCUAUCUCUGUUGUACUUGGUAAAUUAAAUUUCAAUCAAAACCUAGGUUUAAUGAAAAAAAAAAAGAAGACAAGUGCACAUCACAUUUUGGCAGACGGGCCGUACUUCGCCCACCCCUGUGCUAACCUCUAAAUAAAUUCCCUUUAUUAAAAUUAUUUGGGUUGGAAUAGGGGGAAGAAGAACAGAUGGCAUAAUUGUAUGUGACGUCAGGUGAUAAGCUUUUUCUCGAACCACAGUUUAUGCUCCCAGGUCAUCUUGCCAAUCAUGUUUGCCACUGCAGAUAGCCGCUCACAAUUGACGUCAAACAUGGAUUCGAGACGCAAACCCUCGACCGAUAAAAUGGUCCAGAAAGUAAGGUCUGGCAGACGUCUCCGACUUUUAAAAUACGCAGUUCUGUAUUUCUGCGAGGGGACAAUCACAGUGACAGAAAAGUCUUCACAAUGAAGUUCAUCAUCAGCCUACAGUGCUUUCUGCUACUGGCCAUCUUUAGAGAGUCGGAGCAGCGCAACUGCUUUUCUAGUCUCUGUCAUCACGGCCUGACGUUUGAGGAGUGCACGAGUGGGGUCUGGGAAUGCCAUUCACAUGAAUUCUGUGAGAUAGCAACAACACAUUCCCAAGAAGGGAGAACGUUGGAGGUCCAAUGCAAGCAUGCAACCCAUGAGCUUCCGGUAUGUGAAGCCCAUGAGGCCCACAACGCCGCCGACUGUACACCAAAUGGUAGCAACAGCUGCACCUGGUGUUGUCAUAGCUCGGACUGUGUCAGACGACUGGUGGCUUUUGUUGAAGCCAAUACUACACCUGAGCCAACCACUACCCCCGAACCAACAACCACACCUGAGCCAUGUGAAGACUCAUACCAGGGUACCUGUGCAGUAGAUUAUGCUGGACGAUGCCGAGAACCAGCAGUCCAGGCACUCUGCGAGAAAUUCUGUAACUUGUGUUAAGUAUUUGAAGAUGGCGAAAAGCAGACACUAUGAGAUUUGAAACUAUGCAGAAACAUAUUCCUUGGAAAAGAUAUAAAAUUUACUGUAAUAAAUUUUUGUUACAAAGA